AUGCAAUGUGUAAUUAAAACACAUUUGUCGAAAUUAAAAAAUAAAUUAUUAAAGUAUUUUCCACCAUCUCAUGAUAUUCGAUCAAACAAUAUGUGGAUUCUUAACCCGUUUUUGCCCUGUGAAAAUCAUGAAUUAUCUUUAUUAAAUGAAAGCCAACUAUUAGAAUUAUCGUCAGAUAAAUUAUUAGAACAAUCUUUUAACACUAAAAAUGUAAACCAAUUUUGGAUAUCUUUAAGAAAUGAGUAUCCUAAUCUUUACGAAGAAGCAUUAAAGAAAUUAGAUCCUUUUGCAACAACAUAUUUAUGUGAAUCCGGAUUUUCGACAUUAACUACGAUCAAAACCAAAGCAAGAAAUAAGCUUGAUGUCGAACCCACGAUGCGUAUUUCAUUUACUAACUCCAUAGAAGCUCAAAUUGAUUCAUUGGUGAAGCAACAUCAAGACCAAGGGAGUCAUUAA